AAUUUCUCAUCUUUAAUACGGGAGGGAAUGAGAAAAUAGGAAAUAGAGGAACGCUUAUGCGAGCAAGAGUGAGCGAGGAGAGCACGAGAGUCUCCUAAAAUGCUGGAAAAUUGGUUCGGACUUGGAACAUGGAGAUGCUCUGUUUCAUUUCAUUUUUCUUUCCUUGCCAUCUCCAUCCCUUCGUCACCUAUCUUUCUAGGUAUGCUUUGCAGCAUGCGGUGGUGUUUUAAUGGCUGAACUGCUCGAGUAGAGUGAGCUUCUUGUUGCAAUCAACUUAAAAAAAAUGCCAAGAGGCAGGAUAAGGGCAAAGCUUCGCCGGAGCAAUCUAUACACCUUUGCAUGUAUCCGGCCGCGAUCUGCAGAGGAGGUGGGACCCCACCGGCUAGGCCCCGGAUUUUCACGAGUAGUGCAUUGCAACCAACCCCAAGUGCAUGAUGUGAAACCCCUCAAAUACUGUACAAAUUACAUUUCAACCACAAAAUACAAUUUCAUCACGUUCAUACCCAAGGCCAUAUUUGAGCAAUUCAGGCGUGUUGCAAACUUGUACUUCCUCCUUGCUGCCAUUCUGUCUCUCACACCGGUCUCACCCUUCUCGGCUGUCAGUAUGAUUGCCCCCUUGGUCUUUGUUGUUGGUUUGAGUAUGGUAAAGGAAGCUUUGGAAGACUGGAAUAGAUUCAUCCAAGACAUGAAGGUCAAUUUGCGCAAAGCCACUGUUCACAAAAGAGACAGUGGGUGUUUUGGUCAUAAGCCAUGGAUGAAGCUUCGGGUUGGAGAUAUUGUCAAAGUGGAAAAGGAUCGAUUUUUCCCUGCAGAUUUAUUACUUCUCUCUUCCAGUUAUGAAGAUGGAAUCUGUUAUGUGGAGACGAUGAACUUAGAUGGGGAGACAAACUUGAAGGUAAAAAGAGCUUUGGAGGUAACGUUGCCCUUGGAAGACGAUGAAGCAUUCAAGGAAUUCAGAGCAGUUAUAAAAUGUGAAGAUCCAAACCCAAAUCUUUACACUUUUGUUGGUAAUCUUGAAUAUGAGCGACAAGUUUACCCUCUUGACCCUAGUCAAAUCUUGCUUAGAGAUUCAAAGCUUAGGAACACAGCUUAUGUGUACGGAGCUGUGAUAUUCACCGGGCAAGACAGCAAAGUCAUGCAAAACUCAACAAAAUCACCUUCAAAAAGGAGUCAAAUCGAACGACAGAUGGACAAAAUCAUUUAUGUUCUUUUCACCCUCCUAGUUUUGAUUUCUUUGAUUAGUUCAAUCGGUUUUGCUCUAAAGACGAAGUUCCAGAUGCCUAGUUGGUGGUAUCUUCAACCUGAGGAUAAGAGUAACAUCCUCUAUAACCCAAACAAACCAGAGUUGUCUGGGAUAUUUCAUCUAGUCACAGCUCUUUUAUUAUAUGGAUACUUAAUACCCAUAUCCCUUUACGUCUCCAUUGAAGUUGUGAAGGUCUUACAAGCAUUGUUCAUAAACCAGGAUGUUCAUAUGUAUGACGAAGAGUCUGGGACUCCUGCUCAAGCAAGAACGUCAAAUCUAAACGAAGAGCUGGGCCAGGUUGACACCAUCCUGUCAGACAAAACGGGUACAUUGACAUGCAAUCAGAUGGAUUUCUUAAAAUGCUCCAUUGGUGGGACCCCAUAUGGAAAACGUGCUAGUGACGUGGAACUUGCGGCCGCUAAGCAGAUGGCAAUGGAAAAUGAUGAUGAAGAUGUUUUUGAGAGCACGCCUCGUGGAACUAGGUUUGAUGGGGCAUCAGAUAUUGAGUUGGAGACGGUCAUAACUUGUCGAGAUGAGGAUGAAAAAAAACCUUGUGUUAAGGGGUUUAGCUUUGAGGAUGACCAACUGAUGAAUGGGAAUUGGAUAAAUGAACCAAAUGCCGAUGUCAUAUUGUUAUUCUUCAGGAUACUGUCGAUUUGUCACACCGCGAUUCCCGAAUUUAAUGAGGAAGCCGGUUUCUUCAACUAUGAAGCUGAGUCACCGGAUGAGGGUUCAUUUCUUGUUGCGGCUAGAGAAUUUGGGUUUGAGUUUUGUAAAAGAACUCAAUCGAGCAUUGUUGUCCGUGAAAGAUAUCCUUCUUUUCAUGAGCCUGUUGAAAGGGAAGUUAAAGUUCUCAAUUUGUUGGACUUCACAAGCAAGAGGAAGAGAAUGUCUGUUAUAAUCCGGGAUGAGAGCGGACAAAUUUUUCUCUUCUGCAAAGGAGCAGACAGCAUUAUAUUUGAGAGAUUGUCAAAAAAUGGGAGAAUGUAUCUAGAGGCAACGACAAAGCAUUUGAAUGAUUAUGGGGAAGCUGGACUGCGCACACUUGCCCUUGCAUACAAGAAGCUAGAAGAGGCAGAGUAUUCUGCAUGGAAUGAAGAGUUCACAAAGGCAAAAACCUCAAUUGGAGGUGAUAGGGAAGCAAUGCUUGAGAGGAUAUCUGAUUUGAUGGAAAGAGAUCUUAUUCUUGUAGGUGCCACUGCCGUGGAGGAUAAACUGCAAAAAGGAGUCCCUCAAUGCAUAGACAAAUUGGCACAAGCUGGGCUAAAGAUUUGGGUUCUUACAGGAGAUAAAAUGGAAACUGCAAUUAAUAUAGGAUUUGCUUGUAGUUUACUUAGGCAGGGCAUGAAACAAAUUUGCAUUUCAUCAUCAAAUGCAGAUGCAACUGACAAAGAAUCCAAAGGGGUUGUCAAGGAGAAUAUUUUGUUGCAAAUGACAAAUGCUUCCCAAAUGGUGAAACUUGAAAAGGACCCACAUGCCGCAUUCGCACUAAUUAUUGAUGGGAAAACACUAACUCAUGCCUUGGAAAAUGAUAUGAAGCAUCAUUUUUUGAACUUAGCUGUUGAUUGUGCAUCUGUCAUUUGUUGUCGUGUCUCUCCAAAGCAGAAGGCAUUGGUGACAAGGUUAGUUAAAGAGGGUACAGGUAAAACAACCUUAGCAAUCGGUGAUGGUGCAAAUGAUGUUGGAAUGAUUCAGGAAGCAGAUAUUGGUGUUGGAAUCAGUGGGGCGGAAGGAAUGCAGGCUGUGAUGGCAAGUGACUUUGCUAUUGCACAAUUCCCAUUUUUGGAGAGACUCCUCGUUGUACAUGGCCACUGGUGCUACAAACGGAUUGCUCAGAUGAUAUGCUACUUCUUCUACAAAAAUAUUGCAUUUGGCCUCACACUCUUCUACUUUGAGGCAUUUACUGGCUUCUCUGGGCAGUCAAUUUAUCAUGAUUGGUAUAUGCUAUUGUUCAAUGUGGUUCUUACUUCCUUGCCUGUCAUUUCACUUGGAGUAUUUGAGCAGGAUGUGUCUUCGCAAGUCUGCUUACAGUUUCCAGCAUUAUAUCAGCAAGGACCCAAAAACUUAUUCUUCGAUUGGAACAGAAUAUUCGGGUGGAUGGGAAACGGAGUCUAUACGUCUCUCGUCAUCUUCUUCCUCAACCUCGUCAUUUUCUAUGACCAAGCCUUCCGAUCUGGAGGCCAGACUGCUGACUUAACGGCCAUGGGGACUGCCAUGUUCACUAGCGUUGUCUGGGCAGUCAACUGCCAGAUUGCUCUAACAAUGAGUCACUUCACGUGGAUCCAACAUGUACUCAUUUGGGGCAGCAUCAUCUUUUGGUACAUUUUACUCUUAGUCUAUGGUGAAAUGUCCCCAAAAAUAUCAAAAGAUGCCUAUAAAAUCCUUACAGAGGCUCUUGCACCCGCACCAAUAUAUUGGCUCACUACUUUCUUGACAAGUAUUACAUGUAAUCUCCCAUACCUUGUCCACAUUGCCUACCAGAGAUCUUUCAACCCUAUGGAUCAUCACAUCAUUCAAGAAAUCAAAUACUUAGGGAAAGAUGUCGAGGAUCGGAAUAUGUGGAGAAGAGAGCGGUCGAAAGCAAGAUCAAAGACCAAGAUUGGGUUCACGGCUAGAGUAGAUGCUAAGAUUAGACAGUUGAAAGGGAAACUUCAUAAAAAAUAUUCAACUAUGGGUUCACAAUUAGAAGUUCCCCGUAGUACAUAACUAUUUUUUAAUGGAUACCUUUUUCGGGCCCUUCGGGGAUAUCCGAUAAAACCAGAACGAUACAAAGAAGAUGAGCAUGACCCCUAUACAUGGAUGACACACAAAACCGAUACCUUUUUUCAUUUAGUUUAGUUAGGGGGAGGCAUACCUGCAAUUCUUGUAUGUAAUCGAUUUGUAAUAUGAUUUUCUUCAGUAUGGGGUGGGUUCAACUCGAUAUGUUCGUUUAUUAUUUCAUAGCAAAUUGAGAUCGUUGUUUGUAUAGCACUUUAAUAUACCAAUACAGCAUUCAAAGAUGAAGCUAGCCUGCACCUUGACUAGCUUCCCAAAAGAACUGCCACAUUCAAUUGUGCAUUGUGGGUGGUUGAGCCACUAUUAUUUUUUUAGAGUUCAUUUUCAAAUGUGC